AUGUGGCAACUGUCGGCCUGCGAUCGGAAUGAUCUCAGGAGACACUUGCAGAUGGCCACCGCCCUCAACCGGGCCAAACCGUUUGGACAUUCUGCUCAACUUUUCUACAACGAUCCUUACGAGGUGGUCAACGCGGCCAGCAGUCGUCUUGUAGCCCAAGCGGCCGCAGGCUCGGGACAAAUACAACUGUGGCAGUUCCUGUUGGAGUUGCUGGCCGAUUCCAACAACGUUGGAUGCAUUUGCUGGGACGGUCCUGGAGGUGAAUUCAAGCUAAUUGACCCAGAUGAGGUAGCCAGACGUUGGGGUGAACGCAAGUCGAAGCCCAACAUGAACUACGAUAAGCUCAGCAGAGCUCUCAGGUACUACUAUGACAAGAACAUCAUGACCAAAGUUCAUGGCAAACGUUACGCGUACAAGUUCGACUUUCACGGGCUGAUGACCGCGUGCCACCAGAGCCAGCCACAGAUGCCAGCAGCGCAGUCCGGCCCCCAAGCGGCCGCUGGCCCAUCAUCGGUAACCAUGCCGUCCACACCAUCACCCUCCGACUUUGCCGGUGGCCUGUACGGCCAGCAGCACGCUUCAACUUCCGGCCCGCCGACCACCAUAUUUCCGGCCGGGCCAUCCUACUGGGCCACAUCCGCAGCAGGCCUUUCUACGCUGUACCAACAUCCGGCCGGGCCGCGGUAUCCUCCGUAA